AGGCGCAGAAUUCAUGCAGCGACAUCUAGUACUCCCUCCAACCGAUCUGAGUGCUCAACUCAAGGAGAGUAUCGAGCAAACAGCACGUCACAAGAGCGUGCCACUGUACAUCCUCACAUCUCAACUCGACUCCGAUGACGACCAACUAGUAGUAGAUCCUCAGGAUGCGUUGGAGGAUGAGGAGGACACUUCUGAGUCAUCUUCGUCUGAGGAAGCCCCUCUUCCCAUGUCUGAUCACCACGUCAAAGCGAUAGCAGUGCUGAAAACUCGUCUCUCUCAACUGGAGACGGAGAUGCAGGAGUUGGAAAUGCAAGGUCGGGCAAAGGAGCGUGCUCUAAGGCAGUUGGAGGAGGACACGGAACAGUCGGAAGAGCAUUGCAUGACUCAGAUUCCCUCGACCAGUGAACCAGACCUCUCAGGAACUACCAACCGGUCGUCUAAAAGGAGUCUGAAUUCGCGGUGGAGGUGGACGCGAUCUAAACGCUCCGUCCACAGACAAAACAGUAGUGUAGUGGCCUCACAUCCACCUGUAUUGGAGCAAGAGAUGGCCGAGAGUUCGAAGAGGGAGCGGCUCUUCGCAGAGUUGCUAGCAGUCAUCUCACAACGCAGCAAGUUGGUCACCCAGGAGGCCGUCAUCAUGGCGGAGUUAAAGAAGAUCGAACUGGAGGCAUACGAGGAGACUCUGCACCAAGCCUAUGAUUCACUUCGACAACGCGAUGGUGGGGCCUUUGGGGACCAGUCUAAAGUGGGCGCCCUUCAACGCCACCGUGUCAGUCGGUUCAAGAAGGAGCGCAUCUUUCCGACUUCUUGCGAGCCGGUGCAGGAGGAUCGGAAAAAGGUGCUGCUCAAUGAAAUGAGAAAGGUCUCCAAGGCGAAGAAUGCAUUGACUGCCGUUCAGGGUGAGACGAUGGAACGGUAA